CCCAGUCUACGUAUUUUUAAAGAGAGUGUACACAACACAAACCUUGGCUUGUACAUGCAUCAUUAAACACACAAACACGCACGCACACACGCACACACCUGAAUGGCUGAAGUACAAGGUGCCGCACUAUGUUCCUGCUUUGUUCCAUUUGCCAUACUGAUAACAAUAACCAAAUAAAGAGGUUGACUUUUGAAAGGCCUGAAACUUCUACGCCCUAAAACCAAACAUUUAUUUUGACGGGGUGUUCCUACUGUUCCAAAUGGGCGGGCAGAAUGCAGGUACUCUUCGUCUCGCCAUAUUACCAUGGAAAUGCCACUGUCACCGUGUGAUGAUGUCACCAUGGGUAUAAGAGCAAAGGGCCCCCGUGGCGCUCCCAUUCACAGCUUUUCCCAAAGCUCACCCAGGAUAUCUAAGGCCCCAGUGGAGACUGACAGGGAUUGAGCAGCAGCAGUAAUGGCUUAUCAGAGUGAGAUGGUGAUCAGCUCCCAGCCUCAGGUCACCAUCAACAACUACACCGUGACUUCCUCUGGGUCCUCCGAUUGGAGCUCCAACGUUUGUGACUGCUGCGAUGACUGCGGCAUCUGUCUGUGUGCGACCUUCUUGCCCUGUAUCCUGGGCUGUAAGGUUGCUCAGGACAACGGGGACAGCUGCUGUGUUCCUUUCCUCCCUGGAGCCUUGAUCGCCCUGAGGACAAGCAUCCGCAGCAAAUACCGCAUCCCUGGUUCCGUGUGUGAUGACUGGGUAGUCAUGACCUGCCUGCCUUUGUGUGGACUCUGUCAGAUGGCCAGAGAGCAGAAGAUGAGAGGCUGAUUGGUUAAAUGAGGGGAAUAGGGAUGGGCUUAAUGACAAUCAUGCAUCCAGUCAUGGGAAAAAAACACAGUGUGCCUUCUGACGUCACAGGUACGAUGUCACAGCCUGUAUGGAAAAUCCUAUGAACACAAUAACUUUGUUACAAUAAUGCCUUGACUGUGGCCAAUCCACUCCAUAUUUAUUAUUAUUGUCUGUGUAAUACUCUUAUAAUACCAUUAUACUACUAAAGAACAGUAGCUUAAGCUAUACAUUAUCCAAUUUACUAUUAUGAGGUACUUUAUAUAGUGGUGUUUUCUAUCAUGAUCCAAUGGUGUUGUGUGUAUUUGCUUGUUUGAAAAGGACCUGAUUGAGAUGUUUCGGAUUUCAAUAAAGGACAAUUUUCACAUUCAAAUGAAAGUUUACUGUUACAUUUACUUUUCUUAAUUUACAUGGAGAGGAAAACCCAGGGGUAGAAAAGUCAAGAAUGUGCUUUCUACCAAAGCUUCUUUUGUCACAUUCUUGACUGGAGUUCCUGGGUUUUCUUCUCCCUCUCCAUGUAAAUAAAGAACAAUAAAUGGAGAACAACUUUCAAUUGAAUGUGUCCCAUGACUUGA